AUGAAUACACUAUUGUUAAGUUAUAUUCUACCUAUCAUAAUUUAUAUUAAUUGUGUAUAUACCGCUAACCCAGAUGAAAUACAAAACUUACCUGGCCUACCUGAGCCGGUAAAAUUUCGGCAGUACUCCGGCUAUUUAAAUGCAACCAAAGGUCGGCAUCAUUUUUAUUGGUAUUUCGAAAGUGAACUGGAUCCUCAAAACGCACCGGUAGUCCUGUGGCUAACUGGUGGUCCUAUGUGUAGCUCCCUAUUAGGAAUGUUCACUGAGCAUGGACCAUAUACGGUGGACAGUAAAGGCAUACAAUUGACCAUGAACAAAUACUCGUGGAAUAAAGUGGUCAAUAUUAUAUACAUGGAAUCGCCUGCCGGUACGGGAUUUAGUUACGAUGAGAAUGAUCCUGAGCCACUAAAUGAUAAUAAUGCUACAGCCGUUGCUAACUAUUUUGCCCUGGAGAGUUUUUUCGACAAAUACCCACACCUUAAGAAAAAUGCAUUUUAUAUAACGGGUGAGAGUUAUGGUGGCGUUUAUGUCCCGAUGUUAGCCAAUGAGAUAUUUACACGAAAAUCAAGCAUAAAUCUGCAAGGCAUGGCUAUUGGGAAUGGACUAUUUGAUUGGACAUUAUCUUAUGAUUCAAAUGUACCAACCCUGUCGGAAUAUGAUUUUGCCCUCGGUCAUGGGUUAAUAAGUCCGAAUUUUUAUCAACGAAAAAUUAAUAGCUGCUGUAGUAUUGACCAGGAUAACAAGUGGAAGUGUGACUUUCUUAACCCGGUUAAUAAAACGAAAUGUGACUCGGUCAAAAAGGAACCAGUAUCUAUAAUAAACCUAUAUAAUAUAUACUCCGACUGCCACCUGGAUAUGGAGCCGGUUAAUGGGUCUCAAUAUGAUCCAUUUUAUAACCCAAAUUCCGCUAAUCACAAAUUAUUGAAGCAAGCACAAAAUACUAACCAACCCGAUUACUGUCCCCACUCGGGCCACAAGGAGUACCUGAACCGGGCGGACGUACGUCAGGCACUGCACGUACGCAAUGAUGCGCCCAAACAAUGGUCGGCCUAUAAGGGCGAUAAGGGUUAUACACGAGACUUACGGAAUGGGAGCCAGACUUUCGUAGACUUAAUAGAAAAGUACAGAAUCGGGAGAAUACUUGUAUAUAACGGUGACUUUGAUAGUGUUUGCGAUUUCAUAACCGACGCCCGGUUUGUGGAGGGACUGGGAUAUAAACCCGUGGUGGAGUACAGACCCUGGACAGUUGAUGGCAAACCGGAUGGUGUGGAGGGAGGUUUUGUGCAGCAUUAUGAGCGAGGUCUAAGUUUUUUGACGGUCAGGGGCGCCGGACAUGCCGUUCCCACCGAUAAACCUGAGGCCGCCCUACAGAUACUGAAAGCAUUGCUCGGUAACCCUGAUGAAAUACUUAGUUUACCUGGCUUAGGUGAGCCGGUAAAGUUCCGACAGUAUUCAGGCUAUUUGGACUCAACCACUGGGCGACACCAAUUUUAUUGGUACCUUGAAAGUGAACUGGAUCCUGAAAACGCACCGGUAGUCCUAUGGCUAAAUGGUGGCCCAAUGUGUAGUUCCCUUUUAGGGUUGUUCACAGAGAAUGGACCCUUUAAAGCGGACAGUAAUGGUACAAAACUGACCAUGAACCAAUACUCAUGGAAUAAGGUGGCAAAUGUGCUAUACAUGGAAACUCCAGCGGGUGUUGGGUUUAGUUAUGAUGAGCACCUUGGUCCCCUCAUAAAUGAUAAUACAUUUACAGCGGUUGCCACCUAUUUUGCCCUGGAAAGUUUUUUCAAUAAAUUUCCCAAACUUAGAAAAAAUCCAUUUUAUAUAACCGGUGAAAGUUAUGGUGGCGUUUAUGUGCCCAUGCUGGCCUAUGAGAUAUAUGUUCAAAAAUCGACUAUAAAUCUACAAGGUAUUGCUAUUGGCAACGGCAAAUAUGAUUGGACUACAGCUGACGUUUCACAAGUACCCACAUUAUCGCAAUAUGACUUUGCCCUUGGUCAUGGCUUAAUAAGUCCACAUUAUUAUCAAAGUAAACUAGAAAGCUGUUGUGGCGAUGACCUGGCUAUUAGGUUCAAAUGCGACUUUAUGAACCCGAUUAAUAAAACAAAAUGUGACUCGGUUAAAAAGGAACCUGUUGCUAUAAUCAACUUAUACAACAUAUACGACAAUUGCCCACUGGAUAGAGACCCACAAGCAGAAUAUAGGGAAAGACCCUCGUAUUGUCCCCACUCGGGUCACAAAGAGUAUAUGAAUCGUGUGGACGUACGUAAAGCACUGCACGUACUUAAUGACGCCCCCGUGUGGUCGGAAUACAUGGGACACCAGGGAUAUAACAUUGAGCUCCGGAAUGGGAGCCAGACUUUCGUAGACUUAAUAGAAAAGCACAGAAUCGCGAAAAUACUCGUAUAUAACGGAGACUUCGAUAGUGUUUGCGAUUUCAUAACCGAUGGCCGGUUUGUCGAGAGACUAGGAUAUGAACCCACGGAUGAGUAC